AUGACCUCCGGAUCUUGCGCCUGUAGCUACAUCAGUUACACGACUUCCAACCCACCUACACGUCUCGUCAAUUGCCAUUGUGGCACCUGUCGCAAGCAAUCUGGUGGACCAUAUCAGACCUGGGCACAUUUCGCGAGUGACGAUAUCCAAUGGCAAGUGAAGCCCACGGAGCGCCGGGCGACGAAUACUGCUACGCGUAGCUUCUGUCCGCGAUGUGGCUCCAGUGUCAGUAUGACUCUCGAUCGGUGGGCAGGGCUUACGGGCCUGGCUGCUGGAACGCUCAAUGAGGGUCCCGCGCAAAUCCCCAAGCCAAGUCUUCACAUUUUCCUUGCUGAGAAGGCUAGUUGGUUUGAGGUGCCAGAUGAUGGGGCACAAAAGUUCGAUUUGUGGAGUCAAUGA